AUGACUGUUUUCAAUAACUCUGAAGUCAAGAUUUUCCUUCUUAUUGGGAUCCCAGGACUGGAACACGCCCACAUUUGGUUCUCCAUCCCAAUUUGCCUCAUGUACCUGGUCGCCCUUCUGGGCAACUGCACUAUUCUCUUUAUUAUAAAGACAGAAUCCUCUUUGCAUGAGCCCAUGUAUUAUUUCCUUGCCAUGUUGGCGGUCUCUGACAUGGGCCUGUCUCUGUCCUCUCUUCCUACCAUGCUGAGGAUCUUCUUGUUCAAUGCAAUGGGAAUUUCACCAAAUGCCUGCUUUGCUCAAGAGUUUUUCAUCCAUGGAUUCACUGUCAUGGAAUCCUCAGUACUUCUUAUUAUGUCCUUGGAUCGCUUUCUUGCCAUUCACAAUCCCCUUAGGUAUAGCUCUAUCCUCACUAGUGAAAGGGUUGCUAAAAUGGGACUAAUCUUAGCCAUUAGGAGCAUUCUCUUAGUGCUUCCAUUCCCGUUCACACUAAGGAGAUUAAAGUAUUGUCAGAAGAAUCUCCUUUCUCACUCAUACUGUCUUCAUCAAGAUACUAUGAAACUGGCCUGCUCCAACAACAAGGUUAAUGUCAUCUAUGGUUUCUUUGUUGCCCUCUGUACUAUGUUGGACCUGGCAUUGAUUUUUCUGUCUUAUGUGCUGAUCUUGAAGACUGUCCUCAACAUUGCAUCUGUGGCAGAAAGGCUCAAGGCCCUAAAUACCUGCAUCUCCCACAUCUGUGCUGUGCUCAUCUUCUAUGUGCCCAUCAUCACCUUGGCUGCCAUGCAUCGCUUUGCCAAACACAAAAGCCCCCUUGCCAUAAUCCUCAUUGCAGAUAUGUUCUUGUUGGUGCCACCCCUGAUGAACCCCAUUGUGUACUGUGUAAAGACUCGACAAAUCCGGGAGAAGGUCUUGGAAAAGUUGCUCAAUAUAUGUGGGAGAUGA